AGGUCUUGUAAAUGUCUGCGUUUUUAAUAAUAAAUAAUAAUGAUAAAUAUAAUAUAAUAAUAAUAAUAGUGAAUCUUGACAUGGCAGAGGAAAUCAGAGGUUUUGUGCGUUUCCUUGACUUUAUGAGCUUCUUCGGACCCAGCCCCAGCGUCGCCAAUCGGCUUCCCUCUUGGAAGGAGUGGACCAAUCAGCGACCGUCUUCGAUGAAUAUUCAUGAGUCCGAGAUUCAAACCUUUGAGCGAGUUUGUCUUGGUCCACAGCAUCACACCAAGGACUUUUCACAGGGACAAACUGCAUUUUCUUAUGAAUGGAAAGAGAAAAAAUCAGUUCGGCUUAAAUUGGGACUCAUCCUGCACCGAGAUCACAGAAGGAAAACAACAAAAGCGAGACAGGGGGAACCGCCAGAAGAGAUGACAAUGACUACAAUUCCAGAAGGUCUUAAUAGCCCUUCCUCAGGAAAAGCCGUUUUCAUGGAGUUCGGACCCCCGAGUCAACAAAUGUCGCCUUCCUCCAUGUCGCACGGACACUAUCCCAUGCACUGUUUACAUUCCGCAGGUCAUACCCAGCACGACAGCUACAGUCCGGGCUCCUCGUUCCCCAGAUCGCUGGGUUAUCCAUACGUGAACUCCGUCGGCAGCCAUUCCACCAGUCCAUAUCUGAGCACAGUGCAGCCCUACCAAAACAGCUCGGCGCUCGCGCAGACACGGUUAGAGGACACGGCGCCAGAAACGGAGAAAAACACGGUGGUCGAAGGCGGAGAAGUUCGGUUCAACGGGAAGGGGAAAAAGAUUAGAAAACCAAGGACUAUCUAUUCCAGUUUACAACUUCAAGCUCUGAACAGGAGAUUUCAACAGACUCAAUACUUGGCGCUACCGGAGAGAGCUGAGCUCGCGGCGUCGCUGGGUCUCACCCAGACACAGGUGAAGAUCUGGUUUCAGAACAAGCGGUCCAAAUUCAAGAAACUGAUGAAGCAGGGCGGCGGCACGAUCGACGCCAACGCAUUGGCCACUGGCCGUGGACUUUCGAGCGGCUCUCCCUCGGUGGCACCGGUGUGGAGCUCGCCGACCACCGUGAAGACGUCGGUGGGCACUACCGGAUCUUACAUUCCCAGCUACACCUCAUGGUAUCCAACCACACACCAAGAGUCUAUGCAACAGUCACAGCUCAUGUGAACACGGACCUCAGCCCUCUACUCUGCUCGAGGCUCGUGUGUCAGGAAGGGGACGGGGACGGGGGUGACUGAUAAUGCGCAACACCGAACCCCGGAAUUCGCUGCCGCAUGCCGCCGACUGACACCGUGGCCUCCUCAUACCGGAUGACGGCAAGCAGUGAGGACGAAGAAGAAGGAGAAGAAAGGAGCUGAGAGACUGAAUAGGCACCCAAAUGCGCCCAGGGGGCAACAAGGCCCUGACAGUCAGCGGAAAUCGUAGACAAAUGGAUUUUUUUUGGGGGGGGGCUGCUGUUUAUCACCUUUGUUUUUGUUUUUUUAUCAUAUCUGUGUGAGUUAUUCUAUUGUUGAGCAUGUUAAUAUGAAACCGCGUGUUUGUUUAUACGCCACACUUUGGGCCCAUUGGGACCUCAAAAUCAAUAUGCACCCACAAAGUUAAGGGUGAAUUAGGCCAUAUAGAAGUGUAAUAACAAUUUAUUAAUCCAACCAUCCGACCAUCGCGCUACAGGAGCGCAUUCAGUCACAGAGCUUCGUCGUUCAAAGCCUCAACUUGCUACUAUGUUGUUUAUAUGUGUUUGUUAUUUAAGUUAAAUUAUUCAGGCUAGUUUUUCUUUUCUUAUUCAUGUCAGUCUGUGUUCAUCCAGUGAGUGUGUUUGAAAUAACAACAGUGUGUUGUUAAUGCUGCACUAAUGCAAGCAGAGCUUUCCUAUGCCCCGAUGUUAUGUGAAAAAAUGAAAACGGCCUGACGAUUUGCUGCUUUAGAAAAAAAAAAAUAUCCCGAGGGGUUGAGCGGCUCAUGUGUCACUGUAUUUUGUACAUAAUUUCUCAGAUUUUUUUCUUUUUGUGCUGUAUACUGGAUACGCUGUGAAACAGGGUUUUAGGCUUUCUGUAUUUGUCGAGAUGUGUUUUUUUUUGUCUAAAAUAGAAAAUAUUUAGUUUUGUAUUGAUCACUUUAAUUUAUUGAUCUGUUUCCGAAGAUUGUGUACAGAAUGUGCAAAAGUUUCAAAAGCAGUAAAAUAAUGAUUUAAAUUAU